GCGAAGGAGAAGCGCGCGUUUUUCUCUGGCUGGACACCUGGUCGGGAGACUGGGACCGGCAAGCGGCUGGGAGGUUUUAGCGCGCGGCGUUGCAGGCGCUGUGCGGAGGGCACCCGGUUCCGGAUUGUGUGUCCAGCCAUGCCGGCGCAGCGCCCCGCGAGCAGCGGCGGGUCCGUAGCUCCAGAUAUGGUUGAACAGCCGGAGACUGCCGUGAUUACCCCAGCCAUGGUAGAGGAGGAAGAACAGCUUGAAGCUGCUGGGCUAGAGAGAGAGAGGAAGAUGCUAGAAAAGGCUCGCAUGUCUUGGGAUAGAGAGUCCAUGGACAUUCGAUAUCGUAGACUUCAGCAUUUGCUUGAAAAAAGCAAUAUUUACUCCAAAUUUUUAUUGACUAAAAUGGAACAGCAGCAAUUAGAGGAACAGAAGAAGAAAGAGAAAUUGGAGAGAAAAAAGGAAUCUUUAAAAGUUACUAAGGGUAAAAAUUCCAUUGAUGCAAGUGAGGAGAAUGCAGUUAUGAGAAAGAAAAGAGGAAGAGAAGAUGAAUCAUACAAUAUUUCAGAGGUCAUGUCAAAAGAGGAAAUUUUGUCUGUGGCUAAGAAAAGUAAAAAGGAGAAUGAGGAUGAAAGCUCCUCUUCUAAUCUCUGUGUAGAAGAUCUUCAGAAAAAUAAAGAUUCAAAUAGUAAAAUUAAAGAUAGAUUAUCUCAAACAGUUAGGCAAAAUACUAAAUUCUUUUUUGACCCAGUUCGGAAAUGUAAUGGACAGCCAGUACCCUUUCAGCAACCAAAACACUUCACAGGAGGAGUGAUGCGAUGGUACCAAGUGGAAGGCAUGGAAUGGCUUAGGAUGCUUUGGGAAAAUGGAAUUAAUGGCAUUUUAGCAGAUGAAAUGGGAUUGGGAAAGACAGUUCAAUGCAUUGCUACAAUUGCAUUGAUGAUUCAGAGAGGAGUACCUGGACCUUUUCUCGUCUGUGGCCCUUUGUCUACACUUCCUAACUGGAUGGCUGAAUUCCAAAGAUUUACACCAGAAAUUCCUACUAUGUUAUAUCAUGGGACCCAGCAAGAACGUCGAAAAUUGGUAAAGCAUAUUCACAAACGGAAAGGGACAUUGCAGAUUCAUCCUGUGGUGAUCACUUCAUUUGAGAUAGCCAUGAGAGACCGAAAUGCAUUACAGAAUUGCUACUGGAAAUACUUAAUAGUAGAUGAAGGACACAGGAUUAAGAACAUGAAGUGCCGCCUAAUCAGGGAGUUAAAACGAUUCAAUGCAGAUAACAAGCUUCUUUUGACUGGUACUCCUUUGCAAAACAACUUAUCAGAGCUUUGGUCAUUGCUGAACUUUUUGUUGCCAGAUGUAUUUGAUGACUUGAAAAGCUUUGAAUCUUGGUUUGAUAUCACUAGUCUGUCUGAAACUGCUGAAGAUAUUAUUGCUAAAGAAAGAGAACAGAAUGUAUUGCAUAUGCUGCACCAGAUUUUAACACCUUUCUUAUUGAGAAGACUAAAAUCUGAUGUUGCCCUUGAAGUUCCUCCUAAACGAGAAGUAGUUGUUUAUGCACCACUUUCAAAGAAACAAGAGAUCUUUUACACAGCCAUUGUGAACCGUACAAUUGCAAACAUGUUUGGAUCCAGCGAGAAAGAAACAGUUGAGCUGAGUCCCACUGGACGACCAAAACGGCGAACGAGAAAGUCAAUAGAUUACAGCAAAAUAGAUGAUUUCCCUAAUGAAUUGGAAAAACUCAUCAGCCAAAUACAGCCAGAGGUAGACCGAGAAAGAGCUGUUGUGGAAACAAAUAUCCCUAUAGAAUCUGAAGUUAAUCUGAAGCUGCAGAAUAUAAUGAUGCUACUUCGUAAGUGCUGUAAUCAUCCAUAUUUGAUUGAGUACCCUAUAGACCCGGUCACUCAAGAGUUUAAGAUUGAUGAAGAGUUGGUAACAAAUUCUGGGAAAUUCUUAAUUUUGGAUCGAAUGCUGCCAGAACUAAAAACCAGAGGUCAUAAGGUGCUGCUUUUUUCACAAAUGACAAGAAUGUUGGACAUUUUGAUGGAUUAUUGUCACUUUAGAAAUUUCAACUUUAGCAGGCUUGAUGGAUCCAUGUCUUAUUCAGAGAGAGAAAAAAAUAUGCACAGCUUCAACACAGAUCCAGAUGUGUUUAUCUUUUUAGUGAGUACACGAGCUGGUGGUCUGGGCAUUAAUUUGACUGCAGCAGAUACUGUUAUCAUUUAUGAUAGUGAUUGGAACCCCCAGUCUGAUCUUCAGGCCCAGGAUAGAUGUCAUAGAAUUGGUCAGACAAAGCCAGUUGUUGUAUAUCGUCUUGUUACAGCAAAUACUAUUGAUCAGAAAAUUGUGGAAAGAGCAGCUGCUAAAAGAAAACUGGAAAAGUUGAUCAUCCACAAAAAUCAUUUCAAAGGUGGUCAAUCUGGAUUAAAUCAAUCUAAGAACUUUUUAGACCCUAAGGAAUUAAUGGAAUUAUUAAAAUCUAGAGAUUAUGAAAGGGAAGUAAAAGGAUCAAGAGAGAAGGUCAUUAGUGAUAAAGAUCUGGAGUUGUUGUUAGAUCGAAGUGAUCUCCUUGAUCAGAUGAAUGCCUCAGGACCAAUUAAAGAGAAGAUGGGGAUUUUCAAGAUACUAGAAAAUUCUGAAGAUUCCAGUCCUGAAUGUUUGUUUUAAAUUGGAGCUAAAAGAAUGCCUUUAAAAAGUUCUUGUUUACAUCUAGUGAUCUGUAUUGGUGUUAAAAUCCCAAUUUUUCACUCUACUUCUUUGAUUAUAUCAGUUUACAUAAUAUAACUUGUACCAUUGCAUAAGUUUCUGAGCCUUAUUAAGAGCAAAGACAUAUUCAUAGUAAGUUUCAGUUAAUUUUUCAGACUCGAUAGUACUCUUGGGUAUAGGCUGAUGUGUCUGUCCUUAACCACUGCCAGAUUUAUACAGUCUUCCUGUGGAAGUUUAAUGUCUUUCCCCCACCCUCCUUUUUAGCAGUACAGUUCAUGGGUUUUUGGUACUUCAGUUAUGGAGUAGGCUUUGGAUGGGGGAAAGAUUGGGAUUAUACUGUCUAUUGUUUAAAUAAGAAAUGGUUUGAUUUUUAGGGUCUCUUUCUAUAAGAUAGUUUGCCAAAUAAAUGUUUGUUACAAGAUGA